AUGGCACCCCAAGUCAACGGCGACGCUCCAUCCUCGGCAUUCCUGAGCCACCUCUUCUCCUACCCCGUCAUCUCCGACUCCAUCUCCACAUUCAAAUCCAACCCGUACGGCGCCAAGUCCCUCUCCCUCUCCUCUUCACUCACGCACACCUUCGCCGACCCCCUGAUGCCCUACCUGAGCAAGCCCUAUCAGUACGUCUCCCCGUACGUCAAGCGGGCCGACUCCAUCGGUGACUCGACGCUCUCGACGCUCGACUCCAAGUUCCCCGUCGUCAAGAAGCCGACCGGGGAACUGGUCGAGGAUGGCAAGAAGAUGGUCUUCUUCCCGCUGAUGAAGGGCAACGAGGGCAAGGAGUACGUGUUCGGCGUCUACGGCAGCGAGGUGAAGAAGGUCGGCGGCGACGGCAUCGUGACGUGGGGCAAGGCCGCGAUUGCGACGGGCCUGGUGGUGGGUGGUGAUGCCGUCGGCUGGCUGCAGGGCUUCUUGGCGGGGAAGAAGGCUGAGGCGAAGGAGGUUAGCAACGAGAAGUUGAACAAUUAG